AUGCCAUCCACAGCUGGCCCGAUCGAGAUAUGCAGGCUAGCAAAGCUGGCGAACAACGGAGUUUGGGAGUAUCUCCUUUGCCAACCACAUCGUGCUUAUUGCGACAAGUUCGAUGUGAAGACGUCCAAAAGUGGCCUGGCCGCCUGUGUCUCACUUCAGAAUGAUACCUACCUAGGCAAACGCUGGCACUGCCGCUCUCAGACUUGGGUCUCCCCAUCUCAUUGGCUUUGUAAAAGAAGAGGUGAUCUAGAAGACAUGAGAAUUUCCUUCCUCGAAGUCCCUUGCAGCUUUCUGGUACUUCGAUACCUGAUCAUUUAUCUCUGCUAA